AUCACGGCAUCAUGUUAAUUAGGCCACAACAUCGAUCUCGUGGCCGCCGCCGGCCGGCGUCCUUCUCCCCCUUUUCCGUACCACGAUAUGCCCAGAUUGCACGCAUGGCUCCCCGCGGCAAGAAGAUCAAGAAGGCGAGGAGGGAGGAGAUAGCAACAGCAACGCUUCCCGACGAUGUCAUGGAGGACAUAUUCACACGACUGCCGGCAAAGUCGGUGCUUCGGUGCCGCUGCCUCUCCCGCCACUGGGCCGCCUCUCUCUCCUCGGACGACUUCGCUGACCGCCACCUCCACCGCCGCCGCGGCGCCGUCGUCCCCAGAAAGCUCCUCUUCUUCUCCCAAAACUCCAGAGCUCGGGACAACAACACCUCGGUGCACGGUUGCUCGCUCCACAGCCCCGACGACGACGAUGGCGCGCCGCCGCUCAUGGCCGGCCUGCCACGUGGCCUUCGUAACAGCGGCGUAGGCCAGUGCAACGGGCUCUUCAUCCUGAGGAACGGCAUCACGUGGAUGUACUACGUAUGGAACCCGUCCACCGGCCAGAUGACGGCGCUCCCGAGGGGGCGUAGCACGAUGGGCCGGCCGUGGCCAUCCGACCAUCACUCGGCCGACAACUGCUGCGAGAGCCUUGGGCUUGGCUACGACGCGCGCAGCAAGAAGCACAAGGUGGUGCGCGUCUGCCACCGUGCCGCCGUCUGCGAGGUCUACGAGCUGGACUCCCCGACGGGGUUCUGGCGGCCGCCGGCGGCCGCCAUGGCGUUGCAGCCGUGCCGGGCUCACUACCCGAGCGUGUUCGCGCAGGGCCACCUGCACUGGAAGGCGCGGAAGCCGCACGAGCACGCGCUCAUCGUCUCCUUCUGCCUCGCCGAAGAGGCUUUCGGGGUUCUUUCACCGCCGCCCGGGGCCGGCCGUUUCGUGCUGUCGGAAAUCGACGGACGCCUGUGCCUCUCGACCUCGGCCGGCGAAGUUCGCCGUCAAAAGCGGUAUGACAUUUGGCUUCUGCGCGACCACGAGGCCGGAGGCGCGUGGGAUCUACUCUGCCGCGUCGACGUUUCACCGAAGUGUCUGAGGCCGUUACCACGAGAAAAAGGGUUCGUGGAAGGCGGCGUCAUGCCGCUCGCCUUCACGGACGGCGGCCGCCGCGUCCUGCUGAGGCCGGGCCUCCACUCCGACCCCAGGAGGCUAUGCGCGUACACGCCGGCGACCGGCGAGAUGGAGGAGCUCCCGCUCGGCGGAGCCUCGGUCACGCACUACGGCGAGUCCGUGACGCAGGCCAUGCUGCUGCUGCCGUACGAGGAGACUGUCGUCUCCCCGGGGACACCAUACGAACGCCUCGUCUUUUCGUCGGCGUCGGCGCAGGCACUCCGCUUAGCCCUGCGUCGACUGCCGGCGCUCGACCUCAGGCGGCUGAAGCUCGUCUGCCGGAGUUGGCGUGCGAUGGUCGAGAGCGACCGUUUCUUGAAGCUGCACGACGAAGUUGACCACGCUGGAACGGGACUCGACAUGGAGUGCUACAUGCGGCGUCUCGAAGAGGCCGAGAUAUUUGUACUCUGUCCAUGA